GUUUUGCACACCUUAACUAAAACACAAAGGUGGUAUCUUACUCUACUGCUAUUUUAUUUUAGGUGAGAAGAAACAACCAGCUACGUAACCAUAGAGUUAUAAGAGUAACUGACAGUGACAAACAUGUGUCAAACUCAGACUAGACUUGACAUACCCUUGACUUGACUUGACAGUGACAUUAGUGACAGAUGUUAAGUAAAUAUCAUAUAAAAUAGAUGACUGAUCUCAUCUGAUUGUGGUUUUGCGAUAGUAACUUACACUAAAACAUAAAUUGCUACAAAUGUGACCUCGAGAUUAAAUGCACUAAUUGCUGAUAAAUGUAUACACGAUUUAUUAAUUAACGAAGCGACCGUGACUAGCCACGACUGGCCGAGGACGAGCGCGGUGUGUGGUAGACAGUCCAGUGCGUAGCGCGAGGUCGGUGACCGUGGACGUGGACGAGUCGACAAAAUGUUGUCGCGCUACGUGGUGUCGCAAGUGAAGCACAACUCGUACUUCCUGGUGGGGCUGGCGCUGGGGCUGUGGCUGUCGCUGGCGCUGGUGCCUCUGGACGAGCCGACGGCCGCGGCCUGCGCGGCCGAGCUGGGCGCCGCGGCCGCGCCCGACGACUACGAGUAUCAAUGAAUGCAGGACUACGAGCCGCAGCGCGAGGAGCGGCCGCUGGGCCCGGCCGGCCGCGCCGCCGGCCGCGCCGUGCAGCGCCCGCGCUACUACAGCACCGAGCUCGGCAUGCGCGGAUCUCUGCUCACCGGAGUGCUGAGCUCUGAAGAGGCUCUCAAGAGUCAGAUAGCCGCCCUGAACCGUACCACGGCGCGCCUACAGCCCGCUCUGAAGUUCUUCAUUACAGCCAGUGCCGUGAGCUCAGUGCCCGGAAUGGCUAAUGUGGUAGGCUUCACUGACACCAGGGAAAUGCUGAAACCAUUUCAUGCUCUCAAGUAUUUAGCCGACAACUAUUUAGAAGAGUAUGACUUCUUCUUCCUAGUCUCUGAUACAGCGUAUGUGAAUGCCCAUCGCCUGACUGAGCUGGUGUCUCAGCUGAGUGUGAGUGAAAACAUCUACAUGGGCACUGUAGCAGAGGAUGACAGCCACUACUGCUCACUAGAGGCGGGCAUCCUGCUGUCCAACUCGGUGCUGCGCGCCGUGCACGGCCAGCUCGACUGGUGCGUGCGCAACUCGUACUCCGGCCGCCACCACGAGAACAUCGGGCGCUGCGUGCUGCACGCCGCGCGCCGCGCCUGCAAUGGAGCUGAAAGUAUACGACUGCUUCUGCAAAGCAAUGCUCUAGUGCUGCGCGCGGCGCGGGGCUGGGCGGCAAAGCGCUGGGGCGGGGCCGAGCCUACGCUGUUGGAGGGGGCGUGGCUGUGGGAGCCGGCGCGCGCGCUGCGCUACCGCCUGGUGCUGCGGGAGGCGGCGGCGGGGGGGGCGGGGCCGCGGCCGCGCCUGCGCAUGCUGGAGGUGGCGCGGCCGCUGGGCGCGGCGCGGCUGCUGCCGGUGCGGUACGUCACGGAGUCCGCGCGCCUCACGCUGCUGGUGGCCGCGCCCCCCGCCACGCCCCCCGCCGACCUGCGCGCCUUCCUCGCGCGGUACGAGGCCGUGUGCCUCACGCAGGACAAGAACACCGCACUUAUACUGGUGAUAGUCGGUAACGCCAACGAGACCGCAGCGCUGGAGCCCAUCCGCGGCGAGGUAGAGGCGCUGCGCCAGCGACACUCGGGUGCUACCCUCACCGUGCUGGACGCGCCCAGCCCCGCCCCCCUCGCCGAGCUGCCCGAGUACGACGCGCUGCUGGCGGCGGGAGGCGUGGCCUUGGAGGUCGCCGCCCCCCACACGUCGCGCGACGCCCUGCUGCUACUGCUGCCGCCGCACGCUGAGUUCAAUCAGGACUUCCUCAACCGGGUCCGCAUGAACACGAUAUCUGGCGAGCAGUGGUACCUGCCGGCCGGGUUCGCGCGCCACUCGCUGUACGCGCACCCUCGCUUCCGGGCGCCCGCCGGCGGCAAGCCGACCGUCAACACCGGCCGCUUCAACCUGCGCGCCACGCUGGCGCUCGCCUUCUACCGCAGCGACUACGACGCGGCCGCCGCCGGCUGGCGCGGCGCGGCCCGCGGGGGCGCGGCCAGUGCGUGCGCGCGCCGCCUGCGCGAGGUGCAGUUCGCGACGCUGGACGUGGGCGCGCGCCACUCGCUGGCGCAGCUGCUGCUGGAGACGCAGGCCGAGCUCGACCAGUGACGCGGGCGGGCCGAACUCGACCAGUGACGCGGGCGGGCCGAGCUCGACCAGUGACGCGGGCGGGCCGAACUCGACCAGUGACGCGGGCGGGCCGAACUCGACCAGUGACGCGGGCGGGCCGAACUCGACCAGUGACGCGGGCGGGCCGAGCUCGACCAGUGACGCGGCCGGGCCGAGCUCGACCAGUGACACUUUGGAGUCAAUAUACGUUGUAAUCUGUAUUCUCUA